AGCCACUUCAAAGUCCAGCCGGAGAACGAAUCCACAAACAGACCGUCCACACACACAAAAACACAGAGAUUCCAGAGGGACAGAGCAGGAUGUGGUUCGUUCCAGUUAUAGUUGUAGCCUCUCUCCUGAGCAGCCCCGCUCUGGCUGGGGUCAAAGACCUCAGCUCACACUUUGACGGAAGUGAGAAGGAAAAGUUGGUGGAUGCCCGUGGACUUUCUCCAAAUGGAGAGAACACAGACAUGGAGUCCAUUCCUCUGGACUUCCAUCGGGAGAAUACAGUCACAAAUGACCUCCCUCUGGAAGGGCUGGAAGAUGAAGACUACAUCGACUUCGAUAAGAUCUUGGCGGAGGGUGAGGAUGACUACAGUGAAGGCGACCAUGUAGAUGAGAUUUCCACUCCUGCUCCUGACCUGGACCUCUUUGGGGAGCCCAGUGACCCCAAGAUACGCCGAGCACGCCUGUUGCGGCUCUUCCAUGGGCGAUCUCGUCUGCAGCGCAUCAAUGUGGUCAACACCCGCUUCGGGUGCCGGCUUUAUCGGAAACUGCGCAAUCGACUUAACCAGACGGACAACAUUCUGCUCGCUCCUGUCGGGAUCUCCAUUGCAAUGGGCAUGAUGGCUCUGGGAGUCGGCCCAACCGCUCACGAACAACUCUACCAUACUCUCGGAUUUGCUGAAUUUGUCAAUGCCAGCACUCAUUACGAUAACUCAACCGUGCACAAACUGUUCCGCAAACUCACGCACAGGCUCUUCCGACGGAACUUUGGCUACAACUUACGCUCCGUUAAUGACCUGUACGUGAAAAGAAACAUCGGCAUACAGGAGGCUUUCCGUAGCGAUGCAAAGACGUACUACUUCGCCGAGCCGCAGUCUGUGGAUUUUGCCGACCCGGCCUUCCUUGUGAAGGCCAACCAGCGCAUUCAGAAGAUCACCAAAGGUCUGAUAAAGGAACCACUGAAGAGCGUAGACCCCAAUAUGGCAGUGAUGCUCCUGAACUACCUUUACUUCAAAGGUACGUGGGAGCAGAAGUUCCCGAAGGAACUGACACACUACCGGCAAUUCCGUGUCAAUGAGAAAAAGCAAGUGCGUGUUCCCAUGAUGCAGAACAAAGGAAGCUACCUGGCAGCGGCCGAUCACGAGCUCAACUGCGACAUACUGCAGCUACCCUACACUGGAAACAUCAGCAUGAUCAUCGCUGUUCCUCAGAAACUCUCUGGAAUGAGAUCCCUGGAGCAGGAGAUCUCCCCAACUCUGAUCAAUAAGUGGCUUAACAACAUGACCAACAGGACUCGCGAGGUGGUUUUCCCUCGGUUUAAGCUGGAGCAAAACUAUGACUUGAUUGAGCACCUGAAGGAAAUGGGCUUGACGGACCCGUUUACUGAAAAGGGUGACUUUUCCCCAAUGACUUCCGAGAAGGUCAUCAUCAACUGGUUUAAGCAUCAGGGUACCAUUACAGUGAAUGAAGAAGGUACAGAGGCCGCAGCAAUGACAAGUAUCGGAUUCAUGCCUUUAUCAACACAGACGCGUUUUAUCGUGGACCGCCCCUUCCUCUUCCUCAUCUACGAGCAUCGCACGGGCUGCGUUGUGUUCAUGGGACGUGUGGUAGACCCUUCACAGAAUUAAACAGAUGCACAUACACAAUACAGCUGUGCAAUGGCUGAUGCAUCACUGUAUAACAAUAAAAACUAAAGCGUUAGCCAAAUAAGCGGAUGAGAAUGAUGGUUAUUUUGUUUUAUCAAGUAAAGUGAGUUUUGUAAAGAAAUGCUAGUGAAAUUUAAACACCGAGUUAAUCAACUGAUAAACAUCUGUGUAUUUUUGAAGCAGAACGUGUUGUUAAAUAAAAUAACUCAGAGGACUGGAUUACUGAAUUAAUCUGUUUAAAGGGUGAAUAAAAACAACGCUCGAGUAUACCAACAACAUGG